GCCCACACAUCCGAAACCACAGAUACUUCGGAUGUUAAGCCUGUGAUAAUAGCAAACAUAUAUCAAUACCUUAUAAUUUUUUUCUUGUUUGACAAAGUAUGCUCCAUAAAGGGUCCAAUAGAUAUCAAAGGUUCUACUGGAGAAGAUGCCUUGUUUAUGUGGAACACAACGGACCAAAAAGAAAUCCUUGCUGUCAGCUGGGGAAUAAGAAAGGGCAACAUCCCUGAUCCUCAGUUUAUCAGUGUUAAUGGAUAUAAUGGAAGGGUGUACAUAAACGAAAAUAUUGGUGACACGUUGAAAAGAAGAGUAGAAUUUCUUGGAAACUUGACAAUAGGUCGUGCUUGGUUUGUGUUGAARAACCUUACUGUCAAUGACACUAAUGAAUACAUUGCAAGCAUCAGUGACGAUGUAUCAAGAGUUCUACCAUAUUAUGCGCACCUAAUGGUUGCAGAGAAAGGAAAAGCCCCAAGUAGUGACCUUAUCUAACCACGAAAUGUUAAUAGGAAAUCAGGUUAGCUAUUUAUAGACGAACCUAGACAGCUUCUAACACACACUGAAUCGACUCAUUAUUGAGGAAUUAAUUCAUACAAAUCGAGCAGAUCUCGCAAAUCUUUAAUGAUUAAAGACAAUCGUAAAGCGAU